AUGACAAAGAAGAGGACGAAAAAGAAAAAAAAUGAAGAUGACAAAGAAGACGAUGAAAACAAAGAAGAAGACAAAGACCAAGAAGAAAACACAGACCAACAAGACGAGAAAGAAUACGAAGAAGACAAAAAGAUAAAGAAGAAGAAAACAAAGACGAAAAAGAAGAUGACGACUAAGACAAAGAAGACGAUGAAAAAGAAAAAAACGACCACGAAGAAGAAGACGAAACGAGAAAGAAUACGAAGAAGACAAAAAGACAAAGAAGGCGUCAAAAACGAAGACAACGAAGAUGAUGAAGAAGAUGAAGGAGACAAAAAAAGACGACAAAGAAGACUAAAAAAAGAACAAAACGAAGAAGAAAAAGAAGAUGACGACUACAGAAAAAAGGACGAAGAAGAAGAAGAUGAAAAAGAAGAAGACGGAGGAGACAAAGAUGACCACGACAAAGAAGAAAAUGGAAAGAAAGAAAAGAAAAAGACCAAUAUGAAGAAGACAGCGGAAAAGGAGAAAGUGACAACGAAGAAGAAGAUGAAGACAAAGACGAAGAUGAAGAAGAAGGCUAAGAAAAACAAAAAGAAGACAUUGGGGAAAGACACGGAAGAAGACAAAGAAGAAGAAUGUACACAGGAAGUAUUGCAAUACACAUGUUAGCAUAAGCUAGCACUUAUUAGGGCUGUUAUUUUUUAUUUUUUUUUUUUAUUAUUAUUUAUUUUUUUUAUUGGAUCCUUGCGUUUGGACCAAUACCAAUAUUGCUGUGAUACGAUAUCAGCCGGAAUCAUACAUGCAUGUUAUUUUGCAGUGAGGAAUUUUAAAAAUGGUUUGAUCAAGUGAAAUGAGAACAAAAGUAAGUAUGAAAAACACUAACCUAUUUCUUAUUAACCAUCUGGAAUGAACUUAUGCUGUUUUUAAGUUGAAGUGCAGUGCUAAUUGGCUUUUGGCAACACCAAGA